UGUGUAAUUAAAUAAUAAAACAAUCCUUAAGUCUGAUUUGGAGAGAGCUCGAGCGGGGUCCAGAGGGUGGAACCGGUGAAUUUUUCAACUUCCAAGUUUUGCAACGAGAGAAAGCAAGAGAGGGAGGGGAAAAAAAGAGCCCAGAGCAGGAAAGAGAGGAGUUUGGAGCCGAGCGGGAGAGCGGGAUUUAUCGUUUGGGAUUUUUCUGGAGAUCGUUUCGAUCCUCCUGGGCUGUGGGCAGCAGCAGCAGCAGCAGCAGCAGCAGCACCAGCAGCAGCCGCCUCCUCGCUCGGCCGGGUCAGACGUGGGGCGAGGCGGGCGGGCCGGCCGGCGGGCGGGCACUGAGGAGCCGGCGCGGGCGGCGGCGGCUGCAGCCGGGGACCGCGCGCCGCAAGACUCUUCCGCCCGGGAGAUCUGCGCUCGCGCCCCCUCCCUCACCCCAGCCUCUCCCUUCUCCCCCACCCACCCCGCCCCCACCCGGCCCUCUCCCGCGCGCGCCCCGCCACCCGCGCGCACUCGCUCACGCUCCCCCUCGCGCACACACAUGGUCGGCUCGCGGCAAAGUUUAGCCUGCGAUCACCACUCCGCGAUCCUGCCGCAGUGUUCGGGGCUGUAACCUUGAACUUUCCCAGCGCGGUGACACAUUCUCCUCGCUCUCCCUGCCGCCCGCCCUCCUGCGCCCCCCUCCCCGCCUUUUUUAAAAAAGCAUUUCACCAUCAACCAUCACCCCAAUCCAACCCACACCGAACCUUCACGCACCCCCAAGCCCCCAACAACAACAACAACAACAACAACAACUGCAAAACAGAAAACAAAUCCCCAAACCCAGGCGAAAAGCAGCUAACACCAGCGGCGGCGGCGGCGGCGGCGGCGGCCUCGGCGAGCACGGCCAGCGCGCUCGGACUGCAAGAGGGUUAAAAGUGUAGAUUGGAUUUCACCCCGGGAAAUCUAGCACGCCGAGUGAACUUGAAUCUUUGGCUAUUUAAGGAGGACUGGGUUUGUUGUGAAGUUGCGGUGAUCCAGCGCAGAGCCCCGUCCUGAUUGAUCGCAUCGCGGGGCUCAGAUGACUGUAAAAUGAAUAGAUGAAAUUCUUGCUUCUCGAAGAUUUUCUUGGGCAUCUCCGGGAAAGUGCGUUUUAAGGCGAAGUCAUGAUGUAUUCUCCCAUCUGUCUCACUCAGGAUGAAUUUCACCCAUUCAUCGAGGCACUUCUUCCACAUGUCCGUGCAAUCGCCUAUACUUGGUUCAACCUGCAGGCUCGAAAACGCAAGUACUUUAAAAAGCAUGAGAAGCGAAUGUCAAAGGAUGAAGAAAGAGCAGUCAAAGAUGAGCUUCUCAGUGAAAAGCCUGAAAUCAAACAGAAGUGGGCAUCCAGGCUCCUGGCCAAACUACGCAAAGAUAUCCGCCAGGAGUACCGAGAGGACUUUGUGCUCACCGUGACUGGCAAGAAGCACCCGUGCUGUGUCUUAUCCAAUCCUGACCAGAAGGGUAAGAUUAGGAGAAUCGACUGCCUGCGACAGGCAGACAAAGUCUGGCGUCUGGAUCUAGUCAUGGUGAUCCUGUUCAAAGGCAUCCCUUUGGAAAGUACCGAUGGAGAGCGGCUCAUGAAAUCCCCACAUUGCACAAACCCAGCACUUUGUGUCCAGCCACAUCAUAUCACAGUAUCAGUUAAGGAGCUUGAUUUGUUUUUGGCAUACUACGUGCAGGAGCAAGAUUCUGGACAAUCAGGAAGUCCAAGCCACAAUGAUCCUGCCAAGAAUCCUCCAGGAUACCUUGAGGAUAGUUUUGUAAAAUCUGGAGUCUUCAAUGUAUCAGAACUUGUGAGGGUAUCCAGAACACCCAUAACCCAGGGAACUGGAGUCAACUUCCCAAUUGGAGAAAUCCCGAGCCAACCGUACUAUCAUGACAUGAACUCCGGGGUUAAUCUUCAGAGGUCGCUGUCUUCUCCACCAAGCAGCAAAAGACCCAAAACUAUAUCCAUAGAUGAAAAUAUGGAACCAAGUCCUACAGGAGACUUUUACCCCUCUCCAAAUUCACCAGCUGCUGGAAGUCGAACAUGGCAUGAAAGAGAUCAAGAUAUGUCUUCUCCAACUACUAUGAAGAAACCUGAAAAGCCAUUGUUCAGCUCUACAUCUCCCCAGGAUUCUUCCCCAAGAUUGAGCACUUUCCCCCAGCACCACCAUCCCGGAAUACCUGGAGUUGCACACAGUGUCAUCUCAACUCGAACUCCACCUCCACCCUCACCGUUGCCAUUUCCAACACAAGCUAUCCUUCCUCCAGCCCCAUCGAGCUACUUCUCCCAUCCAACAAUCAGAUAUCCUCCCCACCUGAAUCCUCAGGAUACUCUGAAGAACUAUGUACCUUCUUAUGACCCAUCCAGUCCGCAAACCAGCCAGCCUAACAGCAGUGGUCAAGUAGUAGGGAAAGUGCCUGGCCAUUUCACUCCUGUCUUGGCACCCUCUCCCCAUCCCAGUGCAGUGCGACCUGUGACCCUGACCAUGACAGAUACUAAACCCAUCACUACAUCCACUGAAGGUGAGGCAGCUUCACCUACAGCGACCACCUACACAGCCUCAGGCACAUCUCAAGCCAAUCGAUAUGUGGGACUAAGCCCAAGAGACCCAUCCUUCCUACAUCAGCAACAGCUGAGGAUUUGUGACUGGACCAUGAAUCAAAACGGCAGGCAUUUAUACCCCAGUACCAGUGAGGAUACAUUGGGAAUUACUUGGCAAAGUCCUGGUACCUGGGCUAGCUUGGUUCCUUUCCAAGUGUCAAAUAGGACACCCAUCCUUCCGGCAAAUGUCCAAAAUUAUGGUUUGAACAUAAUUGGAGAACCUUUCCUUCAAGCAGAAACAAGCAACUGAGGGAAAAAGAAAUAACAACAAUAGUUUAAGAAAUUAAAAAAAAAAAAAAAAAAAAAAA